AAGAAGCACCGAAAUUUGUAAACAAUCUCGCAAAAUAUAUAAUACGAGUAUAUUAACCGGUAAAAAAUUCUCUAAAAAACCAAAACUUGUAUCUUCAUGGAGUCAGAGUUGCCAUCCACCAGCGCCAGCGCUUUAGCUGCUUGCAAUUCCAGUGCCAGCACACCGGCGCAAGAUUACACACAACUCACACCGGAGUUCCUGCAGCGUAAACUUUAUUUUCUGGUGGAUCAGCUAAAACAAAUGCACGCACAACUGCCAGAAAACUACCAAAUACGCAUCUCCUAUGAGCUGCUCACCGAGUUGGCCAACUCGCUACUAAAUGACACCAUUUUUGAGAUUGUCAAAGGACUCAUGGAAAUACAGAACGUAACAGAGAAACAUUUACUAACACUACGCAAGCAAGUCGAAACAGAUUUUGAGUUGGAAAUGCAAGAAUGGCGCAGUAAAAUAACUGAUCCGGAAGAAUUAAGUCACAUUGAACAACUCAUGCAAGUAAAGCACGCGAAGAAGAUGCGUGAAACUGAUAUGAAGUUAAUAGCGCUGUUGGAUCAAAAGGUAAAAGACCAGCAAAGCACACUGCACAAAGCAGGUGUGGCGGGAUUUUAUACCACUGACAAUUCCAAGGAAAUCAAAAUACAAAUGUUCCUUUUGGAUUUCAUUAUACGGCUAAGUAGAAUUAAAUUUGAACCGCAUAAAUAACAAGAGGAGUAAAACGUGGCUUUCACGUUACACAAGCGACAGCCUUAUUUUUGUUGAUGACAAAUGUAUUCAUGGUGCACAUUUUUUAUAUAAAUAUUCUCCUUUUAAUAUUUCAUUGAUAGCAACCAGUUUGCGAAAAUUUCGGGGUUGGCUUUCCAUUGCUGCCACGAUAAAUUUGCUUAUAAAGUCUAAGUGCGUGAAUCGAAUUUAAAAAUUACAGCACAUAAAUGUAGUCACUAUAUCAGCGUUUUGUUUUAUAGUACUUUUUAUAAAUUACCAUUAAGAAUUAAAGGCAAUAUUUAACUUUAAAAAUGCUUAAUUCUUGCAUAAGCUUGAAAAGAUGCCCUAUUACAGACGCUUAUUUUACUUAAAUACAAACACAGGAAAGUAACAAUAUUCACUCAUAAACACUCUUUAUUAAUUUAAGAUUUGAUUUAAACCUAUUUUUACUCAAUAAUACUACGAAUUUUAUUAAAAUUCUAUUAUUACAAAUGUUCUUCGAAACGUGCGUAAUACCGUGCAAAAUAAAUGUGCGGGACCAAGACGAAUCUAUUAAAGGUGGUGUUGGUAACUCAGCUAAUUUGUUUUUUUUUUUUUUUGUUUUUUCUUUCGCCUUGUCCAUGUGGCUGUCAGUUUAGAAUGAAACAAGUCGAAUUCCUUAUUUGAUUUCUAGUUUCCCAAUACUUUGCUUUGACAAUCAAACGCACAGAACAUUGUUGUUGGUCUAGUGCCACCGCCUUUAAUGAUUGCGCCUUAUGCGGGACGAACUGUCAAAGGAACGAUAGUGAGAAAAGAAUAAAGCUAAACCGGAUAACCCCAGUCAACCAACACAGGUUCGAUAGAACUUUUGUAGUUUUUAAAAGAGUUAAAUUAAGCUUUGGCCUUCGAUAAAUCAAUAUUUUACAAAAAUAGUGAAAAUUUGGACUAAGGAAUCGCGCGAUGAAUCGAUAAAUCAUUAUUUUCAAAAAUAGUGAAAAUUUGGAAUACGAAAUUGCGAUAAAAUACUAUUUUCAAAAAAAGUGAAAAUAUGAAAUAACAAAUCGUGCGAUGAAUCAAUAAAUCAUUAUUUUCAAAAAUUGUGAAAAUUUGGACUAAGAAAUCGUGAUAAAAUAAUUUUUCAUAAAAAGUGAAAAUUUGGACUAAAAAUGGCGAUAAAUAAAUAUUAAAAAAAGUGAAAAUUUGGCAUAAAAAAUCGCGCGAUAAAUCAUUAUUUUCAAAAAUAGUGAAAAUUUGGACUCAAAAAUGGUGAUUAAUUAAUAUUCUCAAAAAAAAAGUGAAAAUUUGGAAUAAAAAAUCACGUGAGUUUUUAGUCGAAAUUUUCGCCUGCGGCUCUUUUUUGUUCGGAAAUGUACAUAUAUACAUGUUACAAAAACAAUAUUUUUAUAA